UACUGAUUUUACUUUAUUAAUAUGCUUUAUACAUACAUUUGCUAUAUUAAUUGUAGCCUAGAUAUUAUGUCGCUCGGAGGAAAAGAAUUACGAGAAGCUAUCGUUUCCAUUAUACAAAACUUGGUGCAUUAUUAAACGCGGAAGUUGUUUCUCUCUCUCUCUCUGCCCGCUUAGAUCGAUUUAAUUUACUAAAACCGCGUUACGAGGAGCAGCUAACAGCGAGCAGUGCGAGCUUCGUUAAUUUUGCACUAGCAAUACAUCACGUUCUUUACUUUCAUACCUAGAAUCGCCAGAGAGAACGAACUAUACCCGUCAGAGUCCUGCGUUGCUUUCAGAAAAGCCUCAACGCUUCGCCGCUGGAAAUACUUCUACCACAGAUGUGGUCCGAACUUAACUAUUCGCAACCAUACUAACUCGAUAUCGAUUAAUAGUAAGGAAAGUUGAAGAGAAAAUGGAAGAAGAAAUUAACGUACAAGUGGAAGAUAAUUCUCCCUCGAUCGAGCACGUCUUACGCCCAAUAACGUACGCUUCCUGGUUUUUGGGCGUCGGUGUCGCACGACCGCGAAAGUGUCCCAAAGCUGUUACAAUAGUUCUACGUGUCAUUCACUUCGGAAUCUGUUCGGUGAUCGUCGCGUACGGCGCGAUAGAUUUCUUCACUUUCAGUGGUGUCUUCAAGAGCGACAUAUUCAAGAUCAUGUAUUACAUGAACAAAGUAGUGUGCUACGUGUCGGCGUAUUACUACGUCUAUCACGGCAUCCGCCACUACGACAAGUGGUCAGAGCUGAUGAGCAAAAUAAAGAUCCUCGAUCAGAAAAUCAGAAGAGAGAUGCUCAUAAACGAUCGACCUAUAAGAAAAGCCGAGGUGCUGGCUAUUCUCGCAACAUUAACUUUCGGUCCUUUGUCCAUGAUUAUACACGGUCUAUAUUAUUACUUCACACUUCCUGAAGAUAUCUUCGCGUCCGAUUUGCUGCUCUACUAUACGAUCGCUCAGUCGUUGAUCAACAGCUUCGUCUUCGACGUUAUCGUCUACGUGCUCUACCACAGAUUUCGCACAAUAAACGAGCUGAUCGAGCAGUUGAACGAACGACUGGAUAUAUCGUGGGUCGCGAUCAAGAUCAGGCGUAUUAGAGAAUUGCACACUGGAAUUUGUAAUCUGGUUGUCAUGAUAAACGAGAUUCACGGUUUUCACCUUCUCCUUUGCUCAGCAAACUGCUUUACCAUGGUCGUAGCCACGUUAUUUAGGGUCUACAUGAGUGUUGUCGAGAAAAACUACGGAUUCAUGUUAAUAAAUAAUAUCCUUUGGAUCUUAUACGCCGCGAAGUUCGGCAUGAUGUGUUGGAUCUCUACACUCGCAUCCCAAGAAUCCUACAGAACUGGAUUAAUUAUGUACGCAAUCAUACUGAAUUGCAGACCUACGAGUCUCAAAAAAACAAACAGCAUAAGCUGCAAUCAACCGAAUGUAGAAGUGCCACGAUCACUGGAAAGGCAGGAUAGCGAACGAAAUUCUAAUCAGAAUAACGCUUACAAUCUAAACUACAUGGUCAUGGAGAGCCUCCUGCGCAAAAACUUGGACCGAGACUGCGUGAGAAACGAGAUCAACGAUUUUUCGAUUCAACUGCAACAGCAUCGAGUGGCAUUUACCGCCUGCGACUUUUUCGAAAUGAACAAUGCUUUACUCAGUGGUUUCGUCGGUGUGAUCACUACAUACUUAAUAAUCCUCGUUCAAUUUUAUCGACCAGAAAAUCUGAAGUGA